AUGGCUUCCACAAAGCGUUUAAUCCUGCCCAAGCUGCCGACAGAAUUACUCGACACAGUCUUCGCACAUCUGCAAAGCGACGAUAUCAAGAAUCUACGCGCAACAUGCUCGACACUGGCAAAGCUCAUCCCUUUGAGCUUUGAUCGCGUUUUUGUCUCAGCCAACUCUCUUAAUCUCAAAGUAUUCCACGCAAUUGCAGAUGAUGAGACUCUCCGGUACCAAGUCACUGAGAUUGUAUGGGACGAUGCACGCUUGACCACAGGACCAGAAUUAGAAGAAGAUCGAAUGCAGUAUGAAGAAGAUGGCGUCGACCCGGAUGACGUGACCGACAACGGGUGUCCCCUUUGGUUCGAAAAGGGUCGCUCUGAUUAUAUAAAUCCUGGGUCACACAGGCUUCCCGAUUACCUUAUGGGCAUUAAAGAGUCCUGGGCCUAUUAUCAACAACUACUCCAAGAUCAGCAUCAGGUUCUCGCGUCUGAUGCAGACAUUAAGGCUUUCAAGUAUGGCCUACAGCGAUUUCCCUCGCUCAAGCGAGUGACCAUCACACCCUCAACCCAUGGGAGAAUACGAAACCCACUCUACAGAACACCUAUGAUCAGGGCGUUUCCUCGCGGGUUCGAUUACCCUAUGCCUACAGCAUGGCCUAUCAAUGAACUAUUAGCGCCAGUCGAUGUGCUCCCGUGGGUGUCAGAGGAUGACAGUCCCCAUCAGGAGAUGUACGGUACUGAUUGUACUGUUGAGGCCUAUAGGGCUAAAUGGCGUGGCUAUCGGGUAGUGAUUCGAGCCCUGGCGGAACAUGAUGAUCAUCAUAUCACCGAACUUUAUAUCGGGGGCAAUGAGGUUGGAAGCGGACUGAACUGCCGGAUCUUCGAUCAGCGCUGUGUUGAGUAUGACGAUCUGGUAACCUUGCUAAAGCGUCCUGGCUUCCGAUACCUUAGCCUUGACCUUUUUACAGGCCUUCUCGAACGCGAGGACUGGGAGUCAUAUAAGAGUGGACUUCUGUAUGAUGCUCUGGCUCAAGCUAAAGAUCUCGAGCACAUGUGCUUACGCAGCACCAUGGACAUCACCGGCGGAUCAAGUGAACAACUUGACUGGGAAGAAAUCGAGAACUACGUCUUUCCGCUUCGGACUAUCUUUCCUAUUGAUCAGUGGCCACGGCUUUGUCAUUUCGGAAUCUCUCGUAUGCUCGUACAACUCGAUGACUUGAUGGAGCUUCUUUCCGCUUUGCCACCAACUUUACGAUCCGUGGAGUUGAGUAACUUGGCCUGGGGAAGUUUGACUCAUCGGACGAGAGAGUUGCUGCCUAAUAUGCGUGAUGUCCUGGACUGGCGGUCAAGGCCUAUUGAAGAAAGGCCCAAGGUACACAUGGUCGUUUCCGGGGCAGCAUGUGGCGAUGGAGACAAGGACGGAUGGUAUGUCGAGAUUGACGACCUUGUCUAUUCGUUUAUAUAUGGAGAGGGAAAGAACCCGUUCACUGAACAUCGAGACAUAAUAUAUCCUUGGGAAGGAGGCGUUAGGCGGGAUAUAUUUAACCCUGGUUUCAAAGUGCCACAUACUGACAAGAAUUUCUAUUUAGUAACUAUGUAA